AUGCGCAGUCUACCGAGAAGCUCAGAUGUGAGCGAAAACUUCGGAUAUGUGAGCGAUAACUUCGGAAAUGACGUUUUUAAAUCAAGAGUUGAGAACAUCGAUUAGUAGGAGAGAGGGCGCGAUAGACGAACUUUUCGCGAUGUGUCAAAAUGUCAGUAUGUCCCGAAACAAAGCUGGUAAGAAUGAAAACUAACCGGAUAUCGAUUGUGCCCGUAGGAAAUAUUUGUCACGUAAAAAAGAGAAUCAACGUAUUUCAACAAGUUUUCGAGAAACAAUUUCUGUAGAUCAAACGCUAAGAGACCUACGUAAUGCGCGCAUUCAUCGACUUCAGCAAUUCAGUUCGAUCCCUGGUACGACGAUUCCCCCAAUCUACUGUUGAAAAAAAGGUUCGACAUUCGAAUCGGAGUUGGCAGCGAGCCAAGGACACGCCCCCCAAACAGUUUUCACUGCAAUUGCCGCAUGCUGUUUGGGGGGCGUGUCCUUGGCUCGCUGCCGCCUCUGACUCGAAUGUCGAACCUAUUAUUUUUCAACAGUACCCGAAUUUCUCGCAACGAUAUGAAGGACGAAGCCGCGAGAUCGGAGAAAGCGAAGGCUCUCGAGGAGGUGUCACAGACGAUGCUCAGCAUUUUCUCCCGUCACAUCGACACGUUGACGACGCGCACCGAACAAUUCAAAGAAUCACUGAUAGAGUUGGCGACGGAGCACAAAAAGCGGAAGGCGGAGCUGUUGGCGAAGAAGAUCGUCUGA